GAUUUCCCAUACGAAAAUGACGAGUAGGUUCAGCCGAAAUCCUAGAUUGCGGAACUAAAUGUCACGUAAAUAAAUAGAGGAAAGCUAUAUAAUUGUAGCCUCUGUUGGUGUAAAUAUUGCCGUUUUUAGAAAGAGAAGUUAAGGAAGCAGCGAUGCAACACUCAAUUGUUGAAUACCUAUCGGAACAUGAGGGCUACAGAUGUGGAUACUGCGGAUCGGAGGACUCGAACUUCUCCCACGGAAUGUGGGCUCACAACCUCACAUGUCAGGACUAUAAUGAUCUCAUUGAUAGAGGGUGGAGAAGGAGUGGUAAAUAUGUGUACAAGCCGACUAUGGAUAAGAUGUGCUGCCCUCAGUAUACCAUCAGAUGCCACGCCCCAUCCUUGAAGUUGACGAAAUCCCAGAAGAAAGUCCUCAAAAGGGCGACUAAAUUCUUCACCACUGGAGAAAAACCCGGAGGAGAGGGAGGGGUACGGCAAGAUGGAGAGGACGCGCCUGGAGGGGCGCAUCCAAUGCCUCAUGUUCCAGACCAUCAUCCUCAGAUGUCGGUAGAUGACAUGGCAAACGUGCAAGAUGGAGGAACCAUCCAAGGGUCGGAUAGCAAGACUGAAGAGGUCAAAGGUCAGACAGAGGCCAGGGUUCCAUCACAGCAUGGAGAGAUAACAGGAGAAGGGGCAGGAGUGACUGAAGAUGGCCAGGCAGCGGUCUCAACAGAGAAACAGAAAAAGAUCCCUAAACCAGGCUUAGGUCCAGACCCAACCAAACCACCAUGCAAGAAAUCCAAGCUGAGAAAGUUAGAAAAACAUCAAGAGAGGCUGAAGCAGAAGACUUACGCAGAUAGUUCUGACCCUAAGGCUGGAUCAAGCAGCGCUUCCAAGGUUGAGAACAGUGCCAAGUCAUUGGAAGAGUUCAUAGUAGAUGCAGUACCUGGCCAGGAUCUCAAACACCGGCUUGAGAUCAAAUUGAUUCGCACAAACCCACCCAGUCAAGAAUACUUAGAGACAGAGGAGGAAAGCCACAAAGUUUAUGAGAAAUAUCAGACUUUUGUUCAUAAUGAUCCCCUCGAUGAAUGUGCCCUCCUCGAAUACAAACGAUUCUUAGUAGAUUCACCUCUUGUAGAACAGUACUCAGACGACAGCCCUGAAUGCGGCUACGGAUCAUUCCAUCAACACUAUGUCCUUGAUGGUAAGAUCAUUGCAGUCGGCGUCAUGGAUAUACUACCGACGUGCAUAUCAUCGGUCUACUUCUACUACGAUCCUGAAUAUAGAUUCCUCACAUUGGGGACCUUCUCAGCACUAAGGGAAUUAGCGUUCACAAGAUUACUAAAUGUGACUGCGCCUGCUUUAGAGUACUACUAUAUGGGCUUCUAUGUGCAUUCAUGUCGGAAAAUGAGAUACAAGGGUCAAUUCUACCCUUCCUCUUUACUCUGCCCCGAGGCUUACAUCUUUCAUCCCAUAGAAGAUUGUUUACCCAAGCUUGAUGUUAACAAGUACUCGCGCUUCGCCUCAGAUGAUGAAGCUGAUGCAAUAGUGAACCUUGAUGAGGUCCUCGUCCUACACAAGCACAUCGCCAUGCCUUACGUUGUCUACAAGCAACAGCCCCAUCUAGAGACAAAUGAAGAAAAUGUGCGAGAAUACGCUCAGAUGGCUGGCAAGGAGUGUGUAGGUCGGAUGCUGCUCUACAGAAGCUAAACCAGUACAGUUCUCACAUCAUAUCACAUUAUAUAUAUGCAAAGCUUGUAUGCUCAGAAGAUUGUCGCCCUUAUUCUUUUAUAUUUUUUAUUUAUUUAUUUAUUUUGUUUUAUUUCAACAGUAGUUCAAAUACUGUUAUACUUGGGGCCCUGCAUAACAUAAAAAUAGAUAUACAGAUAAACAUAUA